AUGCUCGACAAGAACGACGGGCCGAGCGAGCCAUGCACCGAGGUCAUAUCUUUAAAUAGCCCUACGCCGAAUGCGCCGAUUCUACGCGAGACUGUAGAGGCAUCCCGCGAUGUGGGUAGCCAAGCCCAUGGCGGCCCACCGAUGCAGGUUUCUGCUACGCAAGAGGAGGGCAAUAAACAGCGCACUGAUCCUACAGUGCAAAAAAUUGAAGAGCACGAUGCGCAAAAUGCAGGCGCUGUUCUGAAGAGUGCGCAUGACGCAGCAUCAGCAAACUCUUCGACAGGGACGGCGGCGCGCAGCGAGGACGAACCGAAAACGGCAUCUUUAGCUGAGAAUACGGAAGCUGGGAACAUGCCCAAGGAUGCACCUAUAGCAAUGGACAAGACGGACGAUGUCCAGAAGGACGCCCUCGCAAAUGAGCCAUGCGCGAUGGAACAGGACACAGACGGCACCCAAAAAGAUUCGCCCUGGGCGACGGGACCAACAACCGAGGACAGCCCCGAAAAGUCCGCAGCAUCUUCUACCAGUGCGCCUGACCCUGCGGCAAAAACACUCACAUCUACUCGAGAUCCAGACAAAUCGCUUAGCGGGUCUGACGAGGAAAGCGACGCAGACCCCACCAAUUCCAAGAAACGUGCACGAAGUCCCGAAUCUGACGACGAGCCAGACCAUGACAAUCCUCCUCCGCGCCCAACGAUCCGCUUACGCAUUGACCUGUCAUCCGGCAAAGGCAAGAACCCGUACAUCUAUUCUAUACCGAAACUCAGUGUACGGCGCAUGAAAGACAAGUAUCCAAAAUGGGCUGCAUGGUUUAGUGCCACCUAUUUGGAAGAAGAUACAGGGAAUAGCGGCUACCAAAAUGUGGGCCUCUCCCAGCAAGAACUAAACGAUUUAGGUGGUCUUGCCAAGCUCUUGCAAAAGUAUCCUUCGCGCGGCGCCGCUGCACAACCGCAAAAAAAGCGGCGCUCGGACGAAUACGAUGUAGGGUCGUACGAUACAAAGGAUCCCUUUGUAGACGACUCAGAGCUUGGUGUGGACGAACCUACGCAUAUCGUCAAAACGCGCUCGGACGGUUUUUAUGUCGCAUGCGGCCCUGUCGAGCUCGCACGCGGCAAGACAAGCAAACCAUCUUCCUUCUCCUCCUCUGGAUUUCAGUCCAAUGCAGGAGGCGGACAUGCGCGUCAUACCAAUAAACUCCUCGCGAAGCGCGCUGCAUUGCGAGUACGCGAGGACGCAGAGACAAAAGAAAGCAGCACGACGUUGAGCACCGCAGCAGCCGAAUACGCACCACCCAACCCAUCACCAAGCAAAACCGUGGACCCUGCGCCAUCGCCAGCCAUUGUGCCCUACGCUGCACCAACGUCGACUACAGAUACAGCUGCACCCGAGUCAGCGUCGACUACUCCAGCAGACAAAGCGGAAAAGAAGAAGAACAAGUAUCCAAUUCAACCUGUACAUCCAGACCUGCAAAAGCGCUUUGAUCAUCUGAAAACAUUGGUACAGCGCGCGAGCUUUGCUGUGAAAACUAAAUUCCCACCCGAGCUUAAACCUCCCCUGAUCGAGACGGCAAAGCUCGCCGUGGAAUUGGACGAGUACAAUGAGAACUUUUUCAACUACCUCCCCUCCAUUUUCCCGUACAACCGCUUUACGAUGAUGAAACUGACCAAGCGCGAGUUUUUCCACAAGCACAUGGAGUACUAUCGCGAGCUCCAGGAGGAACACAUGGAUAUCCUAUACAAGCUGGUCCAGACGAGUUUCCCUGAACAAAAGGCAGAGUACGAGGCAUCAAACGAGGAGGCGCGUGCGCAGGGCAAAGAGCAUGCACCACCCGAAGACGACACGGGCGAUGUGUCUGCGGAAGGGCACACCGACGAACUUGCGAAGCGGUUCCGAUGGACAGAGGAGAUGCGUGACGAGCUAUUCACCAUUGUCACUGUGGAGAACGGCAUGAGCGAGAUAAGAAACGAGAAACUGUGCGUUGCUUUGCUCACUGACGCCAGCCAACUGGAAAAUUCAGGCGAGACAUACAGCGAAAUCAAUGCGCGCAAGACUCUGUACAAGAGGAUCGCCGAUUUCAUUCCUGAGGAAGGCUGGAUGAACACGACCAUGAUAUCGCGUGAAUACGGUAUUGCGAAGAAGCGGUACGAUCGACUCGACCCAAUGGAGGACGAUAUAUAA